CGCAAAACGCGGAGUACAGCGUUUCAGUGCAAAUCUUUUGUGUCCUUAUUGCCUCAAAAGUUCGAAGAAAGAUUAUUUUUUUUUCAAAUAAAGGUUUGGCCUUUUGAAUCCUCAAAUUUCUUCCUCCCAUUAAUGGCAUUCAUGGUUCAUCGGAAUUUUCUAGUUCAUCAGUAGAUGUCCUCUUCCUUCUCCGUCUUCUCCAUCCUCCAAAUUACUUCUAGGGUUUGGUUUCUUCCUUCUCCGCUGAAAAAAUUACUUCGUUUUCUUCGCUUCCCUCGACCAAUGAAGAAGCCCAAACUCGACUAUUCCGUCUCUCUGAGUCGAUUCGGUCUGGUUCAGUUCCUGGUGGCUGUUCUCUUGUUUUAUUUUCUCUGCAUGAGCCUUGAGAUCCCACUCGUUUUCAGAACCGGGCCCGGCUCAUCGUUCGCCUCCGGCGAGUCUUCGGCUUCCGCCAUUGUCGAAGCAUUGCCCGGACAGAUGCGUGUUGACUCAGAAGCAAACUGGGCUGUCGAAGAAGACCCGCUUCGUGCUUUGAAGGACCGCGGUCGGGCCCAGUUCCGGUCAUCUGAGCGGCGAGUGCGGGAGUUCAAGACAGUCUCUGAUAUUUUCGUUAAUGCGAGCAUUUUUGACAGCCGCGGUAGAACCGCGGAUGAAUUCUCCAGCUUUGACAAAACAGCAAAGGAAGCAAUUUCUGUUGGGUUGAAAAUGUGGGAUGAGCUCGAAUCGGGUUUGAUCAAGCUCCAGGAGGCGAAAAUCCCAACAAAAAGCCAAACCGAGAAAUGCCCAGAUUCGAUCACUGUAUCAGGGUCGGAGUUCGUGAACCGGAGCCGGAUCAUGGUACUGCCGUGCGGCCUGACCUUAGGCUCUCACAUCACCGUAGUGGCUACGCCCCAUUGGGCACACGCCGAGCACGACCCGACGAUUACGGUCGUGAAGGAAGGAGACGGUUCGGCGAUGGUGACCCAGUUCAUGAUGGAGUUGCAGGGUUUGAAGACGGUGGACGGCGAAGAUCCGCCUCGGAUCCUCCAUUUCAACCCGAGGAUUAAGGGUGACUGGAGUGGGAAACCGGUGAUUGAGCAGAACACUUGCUACCGCAUGCAAUGGGCUACCGCUUUACGCUGCGAUGGACGCGAAUCUAAGGACGAUGACGAAACCGUUGAUGGAGAGGUGAAAUGUGAAAGAUGGAUGAGAGAAGAUGAUGAUGGGUCCGAGGAAUCAAAGGCUUCAUGGUGGUUGAACAGACUGAUUGGUCGGACGAAGAAGGCAACACAUGCUUGGCCAUACCCUUUUUCAGAAGGGAAGCUCUUUGUUCUCACCCUUCGAGCUGGAAUGGAAGGUUACCAUGUCAGCAUUGAUGGAAGACACAUUACCUCUUUCCCCUACAGAACCGGAUUUGUUCUUGAGGAUGCCACUGGCUUAGCGAUCAAGGGUGACAUUGACGUUCAAUCUAUAUUUGCUGCAUCAUUGCCCUCUAACAACCCGAGUUUUGCUCCACAAAAGCAUCUCGAGAUGCAAACCAUAUGGAAAGCCCCUCCACUACCCGAAGGACCUGUUGAGAUGUUCAUUGGCAUUCUUUCUGCUGGCAACCACUUUGCCGAGAGAAUGGCCGUGAGGAAAUCCUGGAUGCAGAACAAGCUAAUCAAGUCAUCGAAAGCAGUAGCCCGUUUUUUCGUGGCAAUGCAUGCAAGAAAGGAAGUAAACGUGGAGCUAAAGAAAGAAGCAGAGUAUUUUGGUGAUAUUGUUAUGGUUCCCUACAUGGAUCAUUAUGACCUUGUUGUGCUAAAGACUGUUGCCAUCUGCGAAUACGGGGUUCGAACUGUGGCAGCGAAGUACAUCAUGAAAUGUGACGACGACACGUUUGUCCGCUUGGACGCUGUCAUUGAGGAAGCAAAAAAAGUUAAGGAACAAAAUCUAUAUAUCGGAAACAUAAAUUUCUACCACAGGCCUCUUCGUUCAGGGAAAUGGGCAGUGAGAUACGAGGAAUGGCCAGAAGAGUACUACCCUCCAUAUGCAAAUGGUCCUGGCUACAUAUUGUCAUACGAUAUUGCUCAGUUCAUCGUCGAGGAGUUUGAAGAGCAGAGAUUGCGGCUGUUCAAGAUGGAAGACGUGAGCAUGGGAAUGUGGGUGGAGAAGUUCAACGAGAGCAGACCGGUCGAAAUGGUUCACAGCCUCAAGUUCUGCCAGUUCGGAUGCGUCCAGGACUACUACACUGCCCAUUACCAGUCUCCUCGCCAGAUGCUUUGCAUGUGGGAUAAGCUUCUUCGACUUGGCAAGCCUCAAUGCUGCAACAUGAGAUGACCUUUCUCCAUACCCUGCAAUUUUUUUUGGUCCUAACUGUUAGAUCUCUGUAUGUACAGAACUAUAUAUAUAUAUAUAUAUGUAUGUAUGUAGCCAUUUAUACAAUGGAGGGAGAGGACUGCAAUGAUAGUUUUGCGAUGUAGAAAAGCAGCAGAGACGUCUUGUUGGCUGGCUCCAUAAUGAAAUCGUCCCUUUAAUUUAA